GGGAUUGUUGUGGUGGCGUCACGGGCGGGGGACGCGGGUGCCCCAUUGGCUCAGGCUGGGCCGAGCGCCUGGCGCGGAACGGGCGGGGAGCGGCCCCGGUCCGGGCGGGCCAUGGCCAGCACCGGCAGCCCCCUGUAUGAYGCUGUUCCAAUCCAGUCAAGUGUGGUGUUAUGCUCCUGUUCAUCCCCAUCGAUGGUGAGGAACCAAGCAGAUUCCAGCACUCCAUCUGUCAUUUCCACUUGUGGCAGCAGACAGGGAUCUAACAUGGAGGGCACAGCACCUGAAUCAAGAUCAAAUUCAAACUCCUUGCAGCAACACACAGGACAGCAGCCUCCACAGCCUCGAAAGAAACGACCUGAUGACUUCAAAUUUGGGAAAAUCCUGGGGGAAGGAUCUUUUUCAACGGUUGUCUUGGCUCGAGAGUUGGCAAGUUCUAGAGAAUAUGCCAUUAAAAUUCUAGAAAAACGUCAUAUCAUAAAAGAAAACAAGGUACCAUAUGUGACACGAGAGAGAGAUGUAAUGUCCCGUCUGGAUCACCCUUUUUUUGUGAAACUCUACUUCACUUUUCAGGAYGAUGAAAAGCUGUAUUUUGGGCUUAGCUAUGCCAAAAAYGGAGAGCUGCUAAAGUAUAUACGCAAAAUUGGCUCAUUUGAUGAGACCUGCACAAGGUUUUAUACUGCUGAAAUUGUAUCAGCCCUGGAGUAUUUGCAUGGGAAAGGAAUAAUUCACAGGGACCUUAAGCCAGAGAACAUCUUAUUAAAUGAAGAUAUGCACAUUCAAAUAACAGACUUUGGAACAGCAAAAGUAUUAUCUGCAGAUAGCAGACAAGCACGGGCAAACUCAUUUGUAGGGACAGCACAGUAUGUUUCUCCAGAACUGCUGACAGAGAAAUCUGCCUGUAAAAGCUCUGACCUCUGGGCUCUGGGAUGCAUAAUAUAUCAACUUGUAGCUGGAUUGCCUCCAUUUAGAGCUGGAAAUGAAUAUCUUAUAUUCCAGAAGAUAAUAAAGUUGGAAUAUGACUUUCCAGAAAAAUUUUUUCCCAAGGCAAAAGACCUCGUGGAAAAGCUGUUGGUUCUAGAUGCUACCAACAGAUUAGGUUGUGAAGAAAUGGGAGGAUAUGGACCUCUUAAAGCUCACCCCUUCUUCGAAUCCAUUGUGUGGGAGAACCUACAUCUUCAGACACCCCCUAAACUUACAGCAUAUUUACCUGCUAUGUCAGAGGAUGAUGAAGACUGUUAUGGAAAUUAUGACAAUCUCCUGAGUCAGUUUGGUUGCAUGCAAGUUUCUAGUUCUGCCUCUUCCCAUUCACUGUCUGCCGCAGAGACAAGUACACCACAGACAUCAGGAGGAAAUAUUGAACAGUAUAUUCAUGAUCUUGACAACAAUUCCUUUGAGCUGGAUUUACAGUUUUCUGAAGAUGAAAAGAGGUUACUUCUGGCAAAACAAGCUGGUGGAAAUCCUUGGCAUCAGUUUGUAGAGAAUAACUUAAUCCUAAAAAUGGGUCCAGUGGACAAAAGAAAGGGAUUGUUUGCACGUCGGCGCCARUUGCUGCUCACAGAAGGGCCCCACCUGUAUUAUGUAGAUCCUGUCAACAAAGUUCUAAAAGGAGAAAUUCCAUGGUCUUUAGAGUUGCGUCCAGAAGCCAAGAAUUUUAAGACAUUUUUUGUUCACACGCCAAACAGGACAUAUUACCUGAUGGACCCAAGUGGGAAUGCUCAUAAAUGGUGCAAAAAGAUACAUGAAGUUUGGCGGCACAGAUACCACCAGAAUGCUGCAAAAUAGUAAAGCUCAUCCAAAAUUUCCCAGUUUCCCUACUUGCUGCUAGAACUCCGUGUGCAGCCGAUCAGAGGAAUCUUUUCAACCCAUCUAUUACCAUCUCAAGGGGAAGCAUACGUCUGAAAUGUUUGUGGUUUUUUUGUUUGGUUUUUUUUUUCUUUUUUUUGUUUUUUUUUUUUUUUUUUUUUUUGUUUUUUUUUUUUUUUUUUUUUUUUUUUUUCUUUUGUUUUGGCUUUUUUUUUAAAGAAGGAAAAAAAAAGAAGAAAAGCAAAAACCUAGUGGAAUUCAGGGUUGCUUUGCUCGCUCUUUGUGCUUCUGUUGAGGCUUCCACAUGCAUAUCAUUGCAGUGAAGAUCUUGCUUUUGUGCACUUCAGUUCAGUUUCUGCUGCAGACUAGUGGAUAGACCUUGCAUUACCAGCUUCACUUAAGAUAAGUUAAAACCAAUCCACACGCACACAUGCCGAAUCAUGUACCAGCCUUGCAUUUCAUGGGGCUGGAGUUAUCCGUGACUCUCAGAUUAUCAUUAAACUGUGUUUCAUCAGGGAGCUUUUGUAUGCCUCUCCUAAGUACCACCUCUUUGUUUUCUUCCUUUCCUCACAGUUCCCCAGCUUAUUGGUAUAUGGCAUUUGUAGCCAGGUCAGUUGCACCCUUGUGUAAUUCCUAAUAUAGUUCUGGUUGCAGGAUUUAUGUGGUACUUUAGUAAUUAUGUGAAUGAAUCAGAUGUGUUUGUCUGGCAGACAGGCGCCAGUGAUAAAGGUUUUGAGAGAGUAAAAUGCUGAACAUGGCACUGAAAUUUCUAAAAUUGAAAUGUUGGCUUCUGAAGCAUUUUAAACAUUAAGUUUAAAUUUUAAUAUAAGUUAUAUGUGUGUUUAAUCAAGGGACGAUAAACUUACCAGCAUGCUUUUAAGUAAUGCUAACUAAAAGAGAAACUAGUUAGUAUGGGGGAGAAAAGGUUACUAUUGAAAUAGUAAGUAGUUUUUCACCUUUUCAGCAGAUGAGGGCUAGAAGCUAUCUUUCCAGGGUGUACAUGUGUUGUGCAUUUUAGUGGGGCCAGCCUAUUUACCUGGGUAGAGAAGGAAGCGUGAAAACUUUGUACAAUUGAUUACUUGAGUUUUAUUUUUGUCUCAUUGUAUGAUGAGAUGUCAAUUCUAUUUUUGGUCCUUGGCCAAACAUUCAGAAACUCUGAAAAAAAUGUAAGCAUUUGAAAUAUAGAUAAUAAAGUAAUCUGGUUAGAAAAUCAAAGGCAAAWAUUGAUACAAAGGGGAAAAUGUAUGGUACUUAAAGCAUAUCUAUAAAAUGAAAAUAUUUUUCAUAUCGAUCUCCUUUGUCCUCUUGAAAUUAUGACUAUUCUUGGUGGUCAAACAUUUCUUGUAGUGUUACAAAGACACAACUUCCUGUCUGCUAAAAAAAACUUCCCCAAUGGUAUUUUCAACGUGCCCGUGUUCCUAAACCUUGCAGAGAGGGAUGACCUCGGUCUGGUCAAAGGCAUUCCUUCCUUGUUUUAAAAGCAAUAUAAAUAUCACACCUAUUUAUUCACUCACUACACAUACCAUCACUUUGCAUUUUGAGUUGUCAUUAUGAUGUGCUUUUCCUUCCACCAAAGAAAGGUUUCACUACAAUGUUGAAAAACUCAUAGGCUACUAUUUUCUAGAAGCAGUAUUUUAAAAACAAUGGCUUAUUGGAUUUCUCAGAAAACACAUGGUUGUCAAAUAUUUUCUUGUACAGGGUGAAGGAGUUUUAUUAUUGAUCUCUUAAAAACUUGAGUUAUGUGGUUAAUUUGAUGGCAGUGUAGCUUUUCUGGUCUGUAAAAGAAACAGUGCAGUUGCCUUUAAUUUUGGAGCAACUGCAUUCUAGUCUUCUGUAUCCCACCAUCUACAGAAACUUGAGAGAAGCAAAUCCCUGGCUUACAGUGUCUGGUGUAAAGGGAGAGAAGGUGUCCUGUAAAUGGCCGAGAUAUGGAAGUUACGAAAGUGUUCCCUUUGCAUCAUGAGAAAUUUCAACACAUACAAAGUACACUCCUCGUCACUCAAAUUUGAAUAGCACAGCGCACCUUUGCUCUGUGUCUGUAGUAAGCUGUAUGUGCCUUUCUAACCAAGAUUACAUGUAUUUUAAGUUUGUUGCAGUGCUGUUCUCCACCUGUCAAGUUCCAGCCAUGUGUUGUGUCCGCUGGAGGCAGGCCUGCCACUUUUGCAUUUAGUCUCUGAUUUAGUGAUGUAGACAUAUUCCCAACUUUAUACAGGAGAGUUUGGCAGUGAUGGAGAUUCAUGGUGCCACUGCUGUUCAGUGUGGCAAAACUUGGCCUCACAUAAAAAGUCUGGUAAAAAUGACCUCCAUUGGCUUGUUAACUAGGUAGAAAUCUAGGUGUGCUUAAACAUGUUUUCAGUAAUAUUUAGACUUCAAGUCAUUUUACCAUAGCAAAUUAAUUGCUAUGUUUUAUCACACCUUGAAAAUCUUUUCUCAGACUUCCAUCCUGUCACUAAAGCUUUUAGCCAGGCAGAUAUUGGUAAGCAGUAAGCUAAGUCAAUAAGGUAUCUAGAAAGCUGAUGUCUGCAUUCUAGAGUUCCUUUUUUUUUUAAAUUGACAAUGCUGUUCUUAGAAAACUCUGAGCAUCURUUACAGGCAUCACUCCACUUAGAACUUCAGUGUUUCUAAUCCAGUCUUGCUUAGCUACUGCUUUUUUGGGAAGAAACUAGAACUUUCCUGGGAGAGGUAUUUCUACUUCUUGGCCAAUAUGUGCAAUCUGUGGUUUUGAAAGGUGGCAGGAGUAUAGAGUGASGCAUCACAAAGCAAUCAUGGAUUCAAGUAUGUUUUACCAGUUUGUCCACUUAAAUGUGUAUUGACAGGUUCUGCAUACUAUGAAGGGUUGGUACCCAUUUUAAAUGCUUUUACCUGAUGUGGGGUAGAUUCAUAUCUUUGUCCUGAAGAUCACUCCUGUGGUUCAUGGGGGUUCGUGGAAUGAAAUGUGCAAGGGAAGUUCUUCAGAGCUGCACAUAAGUCAGGUGAUUUUUCUGCUUUUAAUCCAAGGUUUUCAAAGUAUAAAAUAAAGUUGUUAGGUACUUGAAGACUCUUUUUAAGAUUCCUCCUCACUUCAGACCUACUGAAAACCCAGUCUGUUGACUCAUUCCAUCUCUUGCAAUUUGAACAAUUGCCACUCAUUUAUGAAGAAUAUGGUCAAUAAUGUUGUAGUUUUGCUUUCCUUGGUAUUUGAACAUCUGAAAGUUAUUUGUUUAUUCCAUCUUUUUCUGUGGUGUGGAGCAUAAGAAAGGAUGAAAUACUACUGCCCAGUCACAGGAAGUUUAAAACUACCUUGAUAAACUGGAGAAAUUAGUUUGUUACCAUUUGCCUUAAAGUCCGGUUUUGUAAACAUUUUGYAUUAAGGAAGAGUUGCUUCAGAUAUGAUGUUGAGGCAUUAUAAGCAAAUUGAUAUUGCCUAUUAUGAUUCCAUCUGCUAAGCACUUAGAUGCUGGAAAAAUCAAACUAUCAGACAGUACUGUGCUCUACUUUUCUCAUUCUGACAUGACUUAAUUGUGAAGUAUCUGCUAUAUAUAAGUCUGGAAAGAACUGUGGAUUGAAACAAAGAUGUGAUGAUUCUAAUCAGUUUUCAUAGUUGAGGAUGCUUAAUUUAAUGUGUUUGAUAUCAUUAUAUUUUGUGCUGGGAGCUUUGAAGAAUUAUGAGAAUUUCCCACAUGUACAUUUUCUUUUGAAUGGUUUAGUAAAGUUGAGACAAUUACUUAAUUUGGCCCAYUGACAAAACAUUUGAUUCCAACACCUUGCUGAGAACUUGUGGAUUAAUAGUUGCCUGAAGGUGUGGCCUCUGCAUUCUGAUCAUUCAUUUUACUAGUAAAUUGCACAAAUAGGUGUGGUAUUUAUAUCUGAAAUUUUGCUGAAUGCCUAUAAUGCUUUAUGGAAAUAUUUUAUUGAUCAAAUGGAAAUACUCCUGCAAAGCCUCAUGAUGCAGAUUGUCCAUCAGCUGGUCAAGUGGGGUUUCAGACAAGUAGUUCUAUGACCCAAAAUGACAUUUUCAUUUAGAYUAGUAAUUUCAGAAUGUUUCCUCUUUCAUAGAACUCCUAUUAUGCAACAAACAGGUGGAGAGGUUCUUAAGCACCUAAUAGCCUGGUUUUAGAAAAAAAGAAUAUACUGAGUUGGAAAGGACCCAUCAGGGUCAUCAAGUGUAACUCCUGGCCCUGCACAGGACUCCCCAACAAUUCCACCAGACAUCUUGAGCUCAGACAGGCUCGGUACUGUGACCACUUCCUGGGGAGCCUGUUCCAGUGUUCAGCCACCCUCUGGGUGAAAAACCUUUUCCUGAUACAUAACCUAAACCUCCCGUGACUCAGCUUCAUGCCAUUUCCUCSAGUCCUGUCCCUGUCUGUCAGCAGGGCCAUGAAUGUAGAUGGUUGCCAUUUGACAAAGCUUCCUAUGGCCAUGUACUAACUCUGAUGUGAUGUGGCGAAUGUUCAAAAUGGUAGCAGAACUUAAAAUAACUGUAUCUGACAAGAGAUAAAAAAUAAGAAUCAGGAACCAUAAUCAGUUUUGAUAGUUGUAUGCUGUUUUCAGGUUGAUGGCAGUCAGUUACAUUUGUAAUAUGCUCUACCUGGGUUUGUAGCUGUAACUGUGAUGUACAGAAAAAAAAAGAAAAAAAAAAAUACUUAUCCCAAACCAAACCCCUGAYGCCCCUCAACCACCCACAAAACAAUCUUCCCUCCUCCAAGAACUCGUGAAAACAGAAGCAAAUAAUGCAAUGAUAUACACACUUUUGUAUUUUUAUUCUUAUGAGGUUAUUUGCUGGCUCUUGUUGGCCUCUAGUUCAGUCUGUGUUAUUUAAAUUCUAAUAUAUGAAUUAUUUGGAUUGAAUUCAUGUUCGGGGCCAUGGUGUUGUAUGUAUUGAUGUACAGCCUUGAAUGUGAAUAAUUAUUGUAAACUAUAUUUUACACCUUUUUUCUGGCUUUAUUAUAUAAAUUUUCUAUUGGUCGAUGAUUUAAUCAUAUCUCAUAAUUUAAUGACUGUUUAUUCUCCUCUCGACAGAUCUCUGUGCUGUAGAUGUGUAGUUAGUGACUGGAUGACGGAUUUCACUUAUGCUUGGUAGUCUGUAAUAAAGGCAUGUAGGGUCCUG